AUGACUAGUGUUUCGAGAGACGAUGAUGAUCAAGACGAAGCUGAUGAUUCGUAUGAAGAUAAGCCGAUACAGUGGAGUGAUUUAAUUUUUCUCCCAUUUCACCCUGUUUUCAAGAUCAUAGUUUUAUUCAGCGUCAUUCUGAAGACGUCAUUGGGGCCCAUACAAUCUGUACAUCCAAUUGUUUACUGCUCCGACGUAAUGGAUACUAACUGGUUUACAUCUAUUUUGAAGUACUACUAUCUGUAUUUGGGUGAUUUGCUAUACUUCACAGAUACCUUACUUCAUAUUAUACACAGGCAAGUCAUAGAGAAGGCAAUGAGACGUGAAUACCUACCAAAAUCAGCAUUUUUCCUAAUACUGGACAUGAUAUCGUUAAUACCAUGGUUUGAGAUUAUCAACUCGGAUGUAUGUCCAAAAGUUCAAUUGUGGCCAAAUGUCUUAGCUUUCAUUGAGUUUGUUAUCAUUUACAGGGUUGUAGAAUAUUUUUCUUUAGUAACAACUCAUUCAUUUUGGAAAUUGUUGUGCGGUUUCACAAUUUUAACCCUAAUAUGUGUAAACUGUAUUUGUUGUUUUUGGUUACUAUUGACUGUUGAAGGAUUGUGUGCAAAUUGUAGGAAUGGUAUAUACGAUUGGAGAAAAUUUGUUAUGCAUAAGCUGAAUGAAACUGACGAAGGAUAUACGACCUAUGUUUAUGGAUAUUCAUACGUAUUGUCUUUUGUUGUAAACAUAAUAUAUGAUGAAACAAAGCCUUCCACUAUAGUAGAAUAUUUAUUUGUGAUUAUAUUUAUGAUUUGCGGUUAUAUAUUAGACAUAUGUGUUGUUUUGCCAAAGUUAUUUGCUGAAUCCAUAUUAUCGCUUAGAAGAAUUUGCACAUAUCAUCCGCAAAUAGUAAAAAUAGUAGGCGAAACUCGUAGGAGGAAUCCGGUGCCUGAUGCCCAUAUUAGCGUCAAAAACUUUUACAAACUUAUGUGGAACAAACGAAACGGAAUUACUUGUAUACCUCCUAUUAUAAGUGAGUUGCCACGAUACUUAAGACUGGAUAUAAGACAAGAUCUUGUAUGGCCUGUUUUUUAUCACAGCCCUUCUUUUAGAAAAACUUCAAAUCCACUUAAAAGAUGGCUAUGUGAAUUUAUACGGUACGAUUACAAGCUACCAGGAGAAAAAAUAUUUGCUGGACUUCAUUGUCACACCAAUUUGUAUUAUCUAAAAUCUGGAAUUGUACAAUUAAUGUCCACUGAUGAUGGCAUUACACCUUUAAUAUCUGUAACAAGUGGAACUAUAUUUGGAGAUAUCAGUUUUUUUGUACCUCCUUUAAAAAGAAAAGUAACUGUUCGAUGCCUUACUUAUUGUGAAGUUCUUUACAUAUCACGUUACGACAUUUUGAAAGGUUUACAUAAAUAUCCACAUGAUAGAGAAGAAGUUAUUAAACUAGCCCAAAAUAGGAUGAAGCAUGCACGGUUAUUGUAUACGUGCAAGCAACAUGUCAAAGGUUUAGAUAUAACCGAAGACGAAGGUAUAGCCUGGAUCAAGAGACGUUGGUGGGAAAUAUCUGAUGCAAUUGCAAAUUUUAGAAAAAAAGGCAUCAAUAGACCGAUAGAUAAAUAUGAGCUUCCAGCAGAAGAAACAAUUUACCAUUGCGCUAAGUAUAUUGGACAGUUGGUGCUUUGUAGCGAUGCACAGUUACAUACAAAGUCGCUAUUUACAAAAGAUGCAUUUCCGUGGCUAUUAUCACCUGAUUCCACAUUUGUUCAUGUCUGGCAACUUAUUGUUUUAACUACAGUUUUUUUUGUUAUAAUUUUGUAUCCUCCUAAUAUAGUAAGAUACGAAAUGAUGAAUUGGUUCACAUUUUUUAAAUAUUGGACUGAUUUCAUAUAUGCUACUGAUUUAUGUAUAUCUAUGUUUACUUCAAUAGCUAAACAUGAUAAAUAUGAAACUAACUUUAUUGGAGUUAUGUUUGCUCGCUGCAAGAGCCUCAGUUUUAUUUUAGAUGUCUUAGCAACUAUAUGGAUAGAAAAUAUAGUUGUUAUUAUUGGAAUACCAGAAUAUUACCAUGCUAGUCAAUUUAAUAGAUUAAUAAAAGUUUACAUGUUAUUCUGGUCAGACUUGACACCGCAUAAUUAUAACAUUACAAGCAACCCAAAGCAUAGAAUAUAUUGCAAUAUGGCUUUAAUGCAUUUCUCCUUUGCGUACAUUGUUGGUCACAUUGUUUUUAUGCUAUCGAAAUAUAUACCUGACCUAACUGUAACUUACUUUUUCGGUCUACAUCCUUGUGGAAUAGCCCCAAAGAUUCGUAAUGAUAGCAAAUGUGAUCCAGCAGAUACUGAUCUUUUUGCUAUUGCAAUUGGAUGGACAUUUGAACAAUUAUUUUUAGAAUAUUUGCCACAUAAUUUGGCAGAUAUUUAUGGUGCGAUGACAGUCACUUACCUUGGUUUUCUGACUUAUAUGUUUUGUAGAUCUAGAUUUAUUGCAUUUCUUUACUUAAAAUAUAGAGAGGUAAUUAAUUACCAAUUUUUUGUAACUAACUUGAAGAAAUAUUACGAACAUCAUAAAAUCCACCCAGAUCUUAUGAAACGUUUGAACAGAUAUUUAGAUUGUCACUGGAAAUAUUAUAAAGGAAUAGAUGUGAUGCACCCAAAUCUAUUAAAAGACGAACCUUAUGAUAUAUAUUGGAAGGUUCAAGGUGAAGUUGCAGAAAAAAUAAUUAAUCAGUCUUUAGCGUUCGAUGGUGCUGAAUCUUCGCUAGUAAGAGAACUCGCUUAUGCUGCAAAAUUUUUAAUAUUGCCGAAAAGUGCUACAUUAUUUUUAUUUGGUAGUACGUGUAAGAAUGUUACGUGGAUAAUUCAGGGUUAUGUGAAAAUCGAGUACCAUAACGAAGAAGGGGAGCUACUCAAGACGUUUUAUGGGCCUGGGCAAAUGGUGUCUGUAACCUCAGUUUUGCUUGGGCAACCCUCGCAACGGACUUAUAGUUCGUGCACUGAAUGUGAGAUUUUAUACAUCAAGCUAGAGGAUUUUUUCAAUAUUAUCAAACGUUAUCCCAAUGAAUGGUCGUAUUUUCAAAAUUGUAUACAUGAAUAUAGACCGCUUUUUCAACAGCUAUUUCAAGCCAAUGUCAAGAAACACAAAGAGGUGCAAUAUUUUUUAAAUUACCAAGAGAAAAUUCGUGAUCAUAUUCUUCAUAGACAUGGCAAUAAACCACUGGUUCGUAAAGAACCGACAGAACAGUUAGGAUAUGAGGAAGACGUGGUAUGGUCGUCAUUAAAAUCCGAUUACUCUCUGCACCCUGAAUCUGACUUCAUCAAAUAUUGGAUGUUAUUUCGUGCUAUUACCGUUAUAGUAUCUAUAGCAACUGCAUCUUUACAAGGAGGGAGCGGUGCAGUAAUCAAAUGGCCAUUGACUAUUAUCAGUAUUUUUUGUGACUGUGUUGCAUAUGUUGAUAUCAUGCUAAAGUUAUUCUUACCUUACUACAAUGAAAAAGGCAUUCUAAUAUACAGUAAACGUAAAUGUUUAUGGAACUACCUAUCGCGAGGAUUUUUAAUGGACGUCAUUGGUGCUUUACCUGUGUUCGAGUUCUUUACGCUCGUAAUGACUAAGACGAUGUCGAACGAUCAAGCUAUGUUUAUGAAUACCGUUUGUAAAUUUGCACAUUUAUAUAUUUUGACUGGAUAUUUUAAUUAUAUUGCUGAUGCACCGUCCAUGAAUAGUGGUUAUCUGCUGAUAAUUAAAUGGCAAAUAGUGACGAUACUAAUAAUGCUGGGUGGAAGCCAUUAUCUGAUCAAUCAUUGUAUUGAAUUCACGUUUGAUGCAAAAUACAAGCUUAUUCACAUGGCUCGUAGAAAUUCCUGUUGGAUUCCAUCAUACAUGAUUUUAGAUAAAGAACCAACAGUGCAACAAUUGCAUGUAUUGUUUGCCGAAAGCAUAAAUUUAGCACAAUCGGGACUUAUGAAAAUGAACUUGGGUAAGUUUCGAAUAGACCGAGUUAAUCUAGGCGUUGGCUUCACUCUGUUCACAUUUGGAAUUUUGUUUUGGUAUGUAAUAUGCUAUUCCCUAACAAUCCUAGUGCUUAGUUCUCGAGGGGAUACUUUAUAUCAACACGGUGUUAGUCAACUGAGGAGAUUUUUACAAGCUGAAAGAGUCGACAAAAAACUUAUUCACCAUGCUAUGGCCCAUUUUAGUUACUGGUGGAUAAGAACUAAAGGCAUCAAUAUACAAAACUUAAUGAAUAGGCGUAUUGGAGUCGUAUUUAGACAAGAUUUAAGUUACUACUUCUUUAAAAAAACGUUUAUAGCUUUGGAUACUAUUAUAAACUGUGGAGAAUCUCUUAGUCGGCAACUAUCCAGUGUUUGUUCUCAAGUGUAUUAUUUGCCUUCACAAGAGAUUGUAAGAGAAAUGGACUUAAACCCACAGGUUUUUAUUGUCCAUAGAGGCAAAGUUAGCAUAAGUCAGGGCGAGGAGAAACUGGCUGUUCUCACCAAAGGAGCAAUAUUUGGUCAGCUUAAAGGCACUGUACCGCGACCAAUUCGUAUUUCAGCUAUUGCCGAUGGGUAUACAGAUAUUUUGCAAAUACCCGUAAAACAGUUUCAUGAUUUUAUUAGCGAUGAGGUAAGGGAAACUAUAGCUCAUAACUAUCAAUCUGAAGAUGACUAUAUGGCUACAAAGAAACGUUAUCACGAAAAUCCAUAUAACACCGUAAGAUAUAUUCUUCGUGGUCGGAAAACUAUAAAACUUCCAUGGAUGGUACUGCCAAUGGAAGCACGUAGUAGGACUUGGUAUUCAAAGUGGCUGGCUGUGGCUUGGUUAUUUGGACCAUUCUCUUCAGCCGUUAUUGUUCUCAUACUUAAUACAUUGCCAAUAGAUUUUAGAAGAAAUGUAAUUUGGAUAUUAGUUGCUCUAGAUCUUCUGCACUUGGCGCAUUUCUUAUCAGAAUUUUAUACCAUGGAGCUGAUGGUCAUUGGUGAUAAAUGCAUAAAUCGGGUGGUUGGUUUUCGAAUGCUAAAGAAUUGGAUGUUCUAUGUUGACGUCUUAUCUCUUAUAUUUCCUAUGAUAACUUUAGUAACUGGCGAUUGGACAUAUCAGAUCGCCAGGUUACUGAGGCUACAAUUAUUGUAUCAGUUCCAUAAACAUUUUUGUAGAAGUUUUAAGAGCAAGGCGGCGCCACUUGUGAUGAAAUUCAUAAUUUUAUUUUUACUACUGCAUUCUAUGACAUGUGGGUGGAUAUACGUCGCAUGUAGGAGUGAGUUUAUGUGAACUGAUUUUCCUGUACCUGUAUUGGAUGUACCACCAGACAUUAAUAAAACUAUAGAUUAUCAAGAGUGGCAAAACCCAAAGGAUAGACAAGGAGGUUGCGCAAGAAUAACAAGAAAUUUUAAUUAUGAGAAUCAAUCAAGAGUGAGUUUUCUGGUACCAAAAAGUUGGCAAGACGAUUACGUAGUUGCAUUAACAUUUAUUAUACUUCUGCAUACACAUACUGUUUUGGACACUGUAAUGCCACUAUCAAUAACAGAAAUUUAUUACAAAGUCUUUAUAAAUUUCUUCAUAUAUUUGAUUGAUAUAUGGCUGAUGAGUGUAGCAGUGAGUGCAGUUUACACGACCUACCGGGAACUGUAUCAAUAUGACUACAAUGUCUCUAAUCUAAUAUCCUAUUUGAAGCAUAGUGGAUUGUCACCGGUGCUGCUGAAAGCUGUAAUGAAGUAUACCAAACAGUUAUGGAGAAGGCAAAGAGGUAAUUGGCUACCAGAAUUAGCUCAUCAAGCACCAAUGUGCCUUCGUGAAGAUCUUCUCAGUGCUUUGUAUAUGUAUCACAUACAAACCCCGCCAUUAUUUCGUCUACUGCCUAAAUACUUUGCAAGACAACUCGUCGCAAGGGUACAAAGAAUUGUGGUUUUUCCUAACAAAUGUAUUGUACAAGAAGGUGACAUAUUUUCAUGUAUUUAUUUCAUACACGAAGGCGAAGUAGAAAAAUGGUUCACCGAUUCUAAUGGUGAAAAGAAGAUGACGGCACUACUUUCCUCCAAUGGAUACUUUGGGUUCAUACCUGGUCUUUUUCCAAAUACACCGUUUCAAUUCACGUAUUAUGCACGCACGGUUGUGGACUUGGUAUACCUCCGUCUCUCUGAUUGGCAGGACCUUCUGAAUGCUUUCCCCGAUGUGAAACAAAAGUUGUAUAUAGGAGCUAGACAACUAAAAAAGGAUAUUUUGAAAUGAUUGUAACUUCACGCUUUCAUGUAAUGAAGAUAUUUUAAUUUUAU